UUUCAGUUCCCCACGUGUGUGCUGUUUAUCCUGGUAGCCUUCAUUUACAAAAUACAAAUUCAAAGAUGAAGUUAUUAAGAAUUUCAAAAUGGCGGUCUCAGAGAAUUGAACCCCAGGCGUGAGGCGCUGCUGAGCAUGGGGCCUUGUGCAAUGGUCCUGCUUCUCACUGUGGAGCUGGGAGCCUUGUGUGGAGAAAGGCAGGAUGCUGGAUGCUGCGUGUCCUUGGGGAGCCUGGGGGCAGGGCACUGGCUUUGGGGUCACAGUGAGGGUGAGGCCCCUGAGGGUAGCAGUUGGAAGUCUACUUUCCUGGUUGCCCCCAGCUGCAUCAUUGAGUAAAUGUUUGCCUGGCAAGCGAAUGAAUAAAUGAAUGGCCUCCACCACCUCCCCUGAAGUCCUUACUCACCUAUUUCCCCUGAGAGCCCGCUCCUGGGAACACCCUCCCGCUGAGGCUGACCCAGAUUGGCCCCUAUCGCUCUCUCUGCAACUUUCAUGUGUGAAAGGAGAAGUCAGAUGGGGGGAAUCUUCUGUGAUAUCUGUGGUUCCUGAGGUUCCUCUUCUGUGGAUGGUCACUGCCCCCUCCCGAAGCUUCCUCUUGGAGCUUCCUUCCAAAACAGACAGACAAGUCCAGAAGCAGGACAGUCAGAGGACAGGCCCAACCCCUGGGACCCUGGAGAUGCUGCGACUGCUGCUGCCCCUGCUAUGGACAGGGUCCCUGCAGAAGGAUCUAGAGUACAAGCUGCAAGUGCAGGAAUCAGUGACGGUGCAGGAGGGCCUCUGUAUCUUCGUGCCCUGCACUGUGUCCUACCCCUGGGUUGACUGGCAGGACUCUACUCCAGCUCAUGGCUACUGGUUCCAGAAAAUGGAUAAUCCCAAAAAAGAUAUUCUCGUGGCCACAAACAACCAAACCAAGAAAGUAGUAAAGAAGACCAAUCAUCGAUUCCACCUCCCCGGAGACCUCAGGGGCAACAACUGCUCUCUGAGCAUCACGGGCGCCUAUAAGAAAGACAGUGGAAAGUAUUAUUUCCAACUGGAGAGAGGUCAUGUGAACCACAUUUACCAAGGUGACCAGCUCACUGUAAACGUGACAGGUAUGGAAUGGUUCCCAGGACUGCCCCGGGUGGAGUCGGAGCAUGAAGGCGAAUUUACCUGCCGAGCUCAGCACCCACGGGGCUCCCUGAGCAUCUCCCUGCACCUCUCUGUGCACUAUCCUCCACAGCUGCUGGGACCCUCCUGCUCCUGGGAGGAAGAGGGGCUGUACUGCAGCUGCUCCUCCCGAGCCCAGCCGGCCCCCUCCGUGCACUGGCAGCUGGGAGAGAGGCUGCUGGAGGGGAGCCUCAACAACACCUCCUUCAAGGUCACCUUCAGCUCAGCAGGUCCCUGGACCAAUAGCUCCCUGAGCCUCAGCAAGGGGCUCAGCUCCAGCCUCAGGCUCAGCUGCGAGGCUGGAAAUGUCCACGGGGCUCAGAGCGCCACUGUCCUGCUGCUGCCAGGGAACCUCAAGCCUGGGGAAAGAUUCCUUCUGGGGGCUGGCUGGGGAGCUGGUGUUGCUGGCCUGCUCAGUCUAUUUGUCUACCUCUUCUUUAGGAUGAAGACUUGCAGGAAGAAGGCACCUCCACGCAGCGUUCCCAGCUCCUGGGUUUACCAGCAUGAGUGUCCAACAAGCAGUCCCUUAGACCCCCCUUCCCCACCUGUGGCUGACCCCACCUUGGAGGAGGAGGAGCAUGAACUCCAUUAUGCCACCCUCAGUUUCCAAGCCACCAGAACCACCAGCACCACUGAGUAUGCAGAGAUCAAGCUCUGCAAAUGACGACACCCAGCUCCGGUGACCCAGAGCUUCUCAGGGAAGGGAGACAUCAGGGACAUGUGUAUGGAAGUCCCAUUGGUGUGGUGAUGGGCAGAACCGGGCUCAAAUUUCAGCCCUGUCACCAAUUAUGAGCAUGAGUUUGAGCAAGUCACUUUACUUCUCAGUCUCCUCUCUGUCACAUGGACACAAUAAACUGAACUUACAGGGGUGUUGUGGGGCAUCAAAGCAGUAACCAAUGGGCUCAUGUGCAGAGCACCGUGCCAGAGGACACAUCUCUUCUCAGGGACGCCCACCUGGAAUAAGGGACCAGCCAUCCUGGCACAAAUGGGGACCACUCGGCAGGGCUGUUCUAGCUCUGGAGCUCCCCGAAGGCCUGGAGGAGGCUGUCACUGGGUUGCAUUGCAGUUCAGUUCUCCCUCUGCCCCACCUGUCCCCUUUCUCCUCCCCUCCACAGGGACCAUCCCUGGGGCAUGUACCUCUGCACACUAGUCUCUCUCAGCCCCUUU